AAUCUGAAAAAUAGAAAGUAACUGUACCUGUUUUCUUUUUUAUUAUUUGCAAACAUAACCUGUUCAAUUCGUAAUAAAAUGAUUAAUAACGACAAUAAAUUUGGAAUUAAGCGGAAGCCCGUUGCGCCCCCUCAAGGAGUCCGGUGCCAAAAGUGCCUAGACUACGGACACUGGUCGUAUGAAUGUAAAGGUCAAAGAAAAUAUUUACACAGGUCGUCUCGAACACAACAGUUAAAAAAACGGAUGAAGUUAUGUGAAGAAAAGGCAGCAGCGGCCAAAAGUAGUGCUGAAAGUACGUCGAAGAAGUUGAAGGAUCAGUCUGACAGUAGCUCCAGUUCUAGCAGCAGUAGCGACAGUAGCAGUUCAGAUAGUGACAGUUCGUCCGAUUCGGAGUCAUCCAGUAGCGGUGGCAAAUAAUUUUAUACUUUUUUUUUUUUUUCAUUAAAUACAGAUUAUGUAAGUUUACAGGGAUUAUUUUUCUCAAUAAAAUGAAAAGAA